AUGGUAGCGCCACGAAGGACGGGGUUGCAGGAGUCAUCUAGGCUAGCGAAACGGAAAAGGACCAGGAUGACGAUCUAUACUUAUAACGCCCGUACACUUGCAUCGGAUGCGGCUAUUGAAGAUCUGAUUAUGCAAGCCGGGAAGUUCACCUAUGAAGUCAUCGGACUGACCGAGACGAGACGACGCCACCAACUGAAUGCCGUGUAUGAUAAUAGAAAAGAACUGUUCUUAGGAACAACAGUAAAGGUGUUGGUGAAGUUGGCAUCCUCGUCAACACGAGUAUGGCAAAGCACAUCGACUCUUUCGAACACCUUACAACCCGGACUGGACGUUUACGGAAGAAAAGAUGUGGUUCAACGCCAGUUUCGACAAUCUUCGUCGCUUACGCUCCAACAUCAAGCAACGAUGAAGAAGAAGUCGAAGCAUUCUAUAUGGACCUAG